UCCACAGACAAAUUAAAGAAUUGUUGGAAGAAGGGUUUUUGAGUAAAGAUGCUGCUCAAAUACUUAUCCAAUUUGAUUUUUGCUUUUUCUAUAUCCAUACUUAUGUGCUUUUCACUUUGUGGUGUAUCUCAAACAAUAAGAUGUCCAAUUCAAUCUUUAUAUCAGUUUGGAGACUCAAUAUCUGAUACGGGUAAUGCAAUUCGAAUUGUCCCUCUACUCGCAGCUAGUCGUCGACCUUACGGCGAAACAUUUCCUGGCAAACCUACCGGCCGUUGGUCAGAUGGCCGUCUUAUAAUAGAUUAUAUAGCCAUGACUCUUGGGCUUCCACUACUAAACCCUUACUUGGACAAGACUGCUUCAUUCAACAACGGAGUGAAUUUCGCGGUGGCGUCAGCUACAGCACUUGACCCUUCAUUUUAUUUGGUGAGGGGGAUCAUCAAUCCACCCUUACCCGCUCUUGCUUCUCAAUUAAGCUGGUUUAAGACAUAUAUCAGAUCCAUUUGUUCCACUCCAACAGAUUGUGCUGAUAAGCUAAACGGAUCUCUUUUCUUUGUUGGCGAAUUUGGAUACAACGACAUCUACUAUCCAUAUACCCAAGGCAGAUCCGUUCAAGAGAUCCAGACUUAUGUACCUUUAGUGAAUCAACUCAUUAUCAAUUCCACCAGAGAGUUGAUUCAACUUGGUGUUUCCCAAGUUGUAGUUCCUGGAAACUUUCCCCUCGGAUGCUUCCCUACUUUUCUGGUUGUCGCCGGGAGGAACCGUUCGACGGCCUACGAUGAUUUUGGAUGCGUGAAGAGUGUGAAUGAUCUUACAAGUUACGAAAAUGAUGAUCGACAAAGAGCUCUGAACUCUCUUAGAAUGGAAUUUCCUAAUACCGUCAUACUCUAUGCGGACUACUACAAUGCUUUUCUGUCACUUCUUCGUCAAGCAACCACUUUUGGGUUUGAUACUGAAAACUUGCUGACACCUUGUUGUGGAGAUGAUGGUGUGUAUAAUGCUCUUCUUCCGACGUUUUGUGGAGGUUUGGGUGUGCCUGUAUGCUCUAAUCCAAAUGCCCGAAUACAUUGGGAUGGCAUACAUCUGACGCAAGAGGCUUAUCGUCGUAUGUCUGAGAUUAUCAUUAGAAACUUGGGGAUCAACUGCACUCAAUAAAACAAAGAUGUAGAUCAUGAUAUCGUCUGAUGUAUAUCUAAUAAAUAACACAAUGUCCUCUUCUGGAGAGGAAUAAUAAUGUAUUAGCAAAAAAUAAAACCCUCUUUCUUGAUUGGGUAUGAGAAUUAUUCCAUAAUCUAUAUAAUUUGGUACA